AUGCCUAAAAACAAAGGAAAGGGAGGUAAAAACAGACGAAGAGGAAAGAAUGAGAACGAAUCUGAGAAAAGAGAACUGAUCUUCAAAGAGGAUGGGCAAGAAUAUGCGCAAGUAGUAAAAAUGCUUGGAAAUGGUCGUUUAGAAGCUCAAUGCUUUGACGGUGAAAAAAGGUUGGCACAUAUUCGUGGUAAACUACGGAAAAAGGUGUGGAUUAAUCAAGGUGAUAUUAUCUUGAUUUCUCUCCGUGAUUACCAAGAUGCCAAAGCCGAUGUCAUUCUAAAAUAUACAACCGAUGAAGCAAGAAAUUUGAAAGCAUAUGGUGAAUUACCAGAAAACGCUAAAAUCAACGAAACUGAAACAGUUGAUAUAGAAGAUGAUGGCAUUAUCGAAUUCGACAUUGAUGAUGUAAUUAAAUUAUUUUAUGAUUUUAAAGAAUCAUAG